ACGUGCACCGCGCGCACUCGCGCAUGAGUGAGAUCAUCGCGCGCGGGCCGUACGCGCGCGCACACACAACCUGGGUUGCGGCGGUACGGGUCACGUGGAAGUAUAUGUGAAAAGUAGACUGUCAACUCCGCGGCGAAGAAAACACCCCACCCUUUCCAGAAAUGCCCCGGAAGUACCUUCGCCUUCAGUAAAGAUGGCCGUAGGCCUUGACAUAAGGGAGGCGGGGCUGCGCCUGCGCAACAAGUUCGGCGGGGAAGAUGGCGGAUGACAAGGAUUCUCUGCCCAAGCUUAAGGACCUGGCAUUUCUCAAGAACCAGCUGGAGCGCCUGCAACAGCGCGUGGAAGACGAAGUCAACAGUGGUGUGGGCCAGGAUGGUUCGCUUUUGUCCUCCCCAUUCCUCAAAGGAUUCCUGGCCGGCUACGUGGUGGCCAAACUGAGGGCAUCGGCAGUACUGGGCUUUGCAGUUGGCACCUGCACUGGCAUCUAUGCAGCUCAGGCAUAUGCUGUACCCAACGUGGAGAAGACACUGAGGGACUACUUUCGGUCACUGCGCAAGGGGCCUGACUAG